UGCUUUUUGGCAACCCCCUAGGCCUUCGACAUAACCAGGUUCCACUGUAACUAGCGGUAUAUUAGCACAAUGCCACAUUCUACAGAUUUACUGUGUGUGAUGACUGAUUGUUGUGUAGUUUUCCUCUAUUUUUUUAAGACAUACAUCAGCUGUGUUUUAAUCAGAGUAACAGUUACUUUCCCUUUUUCACAUGAAACAAUUCACAUUCAUAAUCAUUCAUCACAUCUUCUCUCUGUUUUAUUUACUUUCACAGGUGAUAAGGAGAGGUGAGUAUAAGAGAAUUUUCUCUGAUAGUGAUGUAUUGAUGCUGCAUGAAUAAUAAAAUAAUUGUGCAGAUGAAAUAGAUUAGACUGUGCUGUGUGUUCAGACUGCAAUAGCACAUAGAUAUAUGAGCAUCAUGAGCAUAGUGUAGUAACACAACAGACUGUGAUCACUGACAGAACAUUCAUCAUGCUGUUGUCUAGUUUAUCAUUAGUGUUAUAGUAAUGACACUAAAACACUGAAAACCAAAACAACACACAAUGAUCACUUAUAUUGUGCUGCUCAGCAUUUUCACUUCAUAUGGAGUGUUUUAUGCAACAGCUGAUCACAGAUUUGUGUUACUGCACUGAGAAAAAACACUCCAUCAAGUAUUUCAUUAUUUACAUAUAAACUAUUUAUAAUGAUUCACUGUCUGUUAUUAUAUUUUAUAAAAAUUGUAGCUGAACAUCUUUGUAGUGAAAACACAGAGUGAAGAUUGUUGAGCAGCUUUUCUGAGUGUAAAUCAUAAGUUUUUCUCUUUGUAUUGUAUCUAACAUUACAUUUCUCUCUCUGUUGUUCUACACGACAUCUUCAGUACCGGGUAUAGAAGAACCAGAUCCUCCUCUAAGGAAGAAUGUCUGUGUUUGUCAGAGCGAGAGAGAAUGGACAGAAGAUGAGAGACUGAAAAUGGAGAAAUCUGCUCUACAGACUGAAUAUAAAAAAGAUGAUGAAACUAUUUAUAGUGAAUUUAAAACAAAAAACAGAAAACUGGAAGAAACUGAAGAAGAGCUAAAAAAUACAAAGAUGGAACUAGACAGCGUGUAUAAAUCACUGCAAUAUAAAGACAAACAGUUAGACAACUGUAAAGGACAAAUAGAAAAUAAAGAUACCGAAGUGAAAAACAGAGAGAAAAUCAUCGAGGAGAAAGACGCACAACUCAAAGAUACAAAUACAACAUUAGAGAAGACGACUAAAGAUCUACAGAAGAAAGAAAGAGUUCUACAUGAGAGAGAUCAACAACUGAACCUGAAAGACACACAGAUACAGGAGACACAAAUACAAGUGGAGGAAAUGGAGAAAAGACUUGUGGAGAAGGAUGAAGACUUAAAUGAUCGAAAUGAACAGCUGAAGGUUCUAAAAGAACAAUUAGAGAUGAAUGAGAAAAGUCUUUCUGAGAGAGAUGCAGUUUUAAUGGAAACAAAUGAAAAACUUCAAAAUGCCACUGAACAGAUUAAAGAGAAAAACACACAACUGGAGAACAUGAACAAGAUGCUGAGUGAGAAAGAAACCCAGCUGAAGAACACAGAUAAAGAACUGGAAACCAGUCAAAAUAACCUGGAGACGCUGGGACAAGAACUGAAGGACCUGAAGAGACAUCAGGAAACUGAGUUAGCAGAAAAAAACAAACAACUUGAAGAGAAAGAGAGACUUCUCACAGAGAAAGAGACACAGCUAUUGAAAAGAGACAAGCAGCUUCAGGAGAAAAGCAGAGAUCUUUCAGCAAAUACACAAACACUUCAGAUAAAGGAGAAGAUGCUGGAAGAGAAGGACACGCUGCUCAGAGAGGUGAAAGAAAAAUUGGAAAAAUCAGAGAGGCAACUGGAGAACAUGGUGAAAGAACUGGAAACCAGUAAAAACAAACUACUGGAAACAGAUAAACAGCUUCAAGAGAAAGACAGACUUGUGGAUGAAAGUGUAAAAACACUGCAGAUAAAAGAAGAGGCACUGAAAGAGAAUGAGACGCUGCUCACAGAGACACAAACUGAACUGCACAAAAUAAUUAAGGAAUUAGAAAAAAGCCAUCGAGACACCGAGGAGAAAAACACACAACUGGAGGAUAUGAACAAACUGCUGAGUAAGAAAGAAACCCAGCUGAAAAACACAGAUAAAGAACUGAAAACCAGUAACAAUAAACUGGAGACACUGGAACAGGAGCUGCAGGACACAAAGAGACAAUUACAGGAGACAAUGAUGGUACAGGGGCAACAGAAAUCUGAGUUAGCAGAAAAACAAACAUACUGA